UUCCUUUCCUUUACUAAUAAUGAACCAAAUAGGGCCUAAAUGUUUACAUCGGUUUGCCGGACAGAACCCGAUAGCUUCUCCAAAUUAAUUCCGGGUGGGUUAAUACAUUAAUAGCGGCAACUAGCAAACUAAAUUUGAAUUUUUGAAUAGAUGGCUUCACUUCCGGCGGACGACAGAGACUUAGACGACGCCGCACUAUGGGCAGUAAUCGAUUCCGCCGCCGCCGCCACUUACUCCACCUCUCCCACCACCAUCUUCUGCAAACCCUCAUCAACCCUAAAACGCACCCCCAAUUUCCAAUCUCCUCCACCCAGGCCUCGAAUCCGCGCCCCUUUUUCUUCACCAUCUCUCUCCAAAACACCCCAAAAUUACGCCAUUAACGACUCAAUUAGGGUUUCAUCCGAUGAUGUUCAUUACCAGGUCCGUCGCCCACAAAAGAUGCUGAGAGCCGCCGGCUCCUCUUGCGUGUCUGAGACGAAUGAGAGUAGCCCUAAUUUGAUGCUUGUCAAUCGUUGUUCUCCGGUUAAUCAGCUGUAUUCUUCGCCGAAACCGGAGAAUUCUCCUCAAAUUGAGUACAGAGCUAGUGAAGAGAAGGAGAAUUUUCUGCAUUGUUUGUCUGGUCGAUUUCCUACUGUUUCUCUCUUUAAGGACUAUCAAAAUGCAGCUAUGUCGAUUCUCGACAAGUCAGAUUAUACUAUUAUAUCUGGAAACCCUUUCAUUAAGAAGUCAGGUUGGAGGAAGAUAGCAUUUUACUUCAAUGUCUCAUUUGAAAUAAGGGAUAAGAACAUUGAAUUUGAUGAGAAUCGUAAUGUUCAGCGUGCUGAAUUUGUAGCUCGUGCAUAUAUGCAGUUUUCUGAUGGGUGGGGUUCUUGUGAGCGACGGGAGAAGAAGUUUAUGAAGCCCAAUAAUGAUAUACCCAGUACUGCAGAAACCAGAGCCAAAAACAAGGCUUGCCAGGACCUGAUAGGAAUUGGGCAAUAUCGACCUGGGGUGAGCCAUAGCCAUUCUCCCAGAUAACCAUGUGCCCUAGUCCUACCUCAGAGCCACGUAUUCCUGCAAAUCUAAUUAUCUGUGAAUAUAGAAGGCCGUUAUGAUUGUGUAUUAUCAAGUGAAAUCUGUCUAAAAACACUACCUAUCGUGGGGGCAUUACAGUACUGAAAAUGUAGCCUGCCCUGAGACUGAAAGAAACUCUGUUUAGUGUUUACUAAUGGAAAUGUAUGAGGAACAACCAUAUUGUAAGUUACAACAUCAGUAGAGAACGUAUGAAGCUUCUUGCUUUUCGUGAUAGGACAGUGCAGGUCUUUAUUAUUGAAUCAGACGUUCGGCAUUCCAGGACAGUGGGUUCAUGCGGAUUAUCAUCGCACAAAUACGUAUAAAGGACUAUAGGAGUUCUUGUAAAAGCAGACAUAAGAGUCAUCCACUACUUGGUAUAUAACAGAAGAUUAGUUUUCUUAUAAUCUUUUUGGGUUUGAAGUUGUUUUCGAGCUGUAGAGGUAGCCGAGUAGGCUUUUUAAUUUUUCUAUACAGAAGUUGUAACUCCAUGUAUAAAGAGGUUUUCUUGUCAACUAAACAUGUUAUGGUUUUGAGCUUUUCUCCUAUACACUUUAUUUUUCACCAAAAUAAGCAAUUGUUUUCCACUUUUGGUCAAA